AAACCGGCCACUGUUUGGCUCACGGGGUUGGGCACAAGGUUGAUCCGUAGCGCAUUGGAUUUACUUCCGUAAAUAUACCGUAAAUAUCGUAAAUAUAGGUAAAUAUUAUUCACCUGCACGAUAUUCGGUACAACAUUUUGUUCAGUGUGGAUAAUGACAGUUAAGAACUGUCACUUGUUUGUUUCCUUCGUUUACAAACUGUCACCGCUCCAAUAUUUUUCGAGCUUGAGGUAUUUUUUUCACUUGCGGAACCGAUCCUCGCAACAACCUUCCCCGCAAUUUACCAGCAAUCUGUGCAAGAAGCCCAGUGCGGAUCUGCGCUCUGAUCCAGAAAUUGCCGACACGACCAUCGACUGCCUCGGACUUGGGAUUUCAUCGGAAGUCGAUCCGACGGUGCGGAUUUGCGCCGGUUGUGCCGAACGCGUCGACGCGCAGCAUGCCUUCCGGACGCGAGACCUGCACUGCAACAGUUACGUCGAGAACGGGCUGGAGGACAAGGAAGACGAGGACGUGUGCCGGUUCUGCUUGAUGGCGGAUGGCGGGGCGGCGUUUGUCGAGUUGUUUCCGGGCGGCGGCGGGAGCAUAGCGGAUGAGGUGCAAACGAUGCGGGAUUGUUUAGGGGUUGAGAUCAACAGCUGGGACAUGGUGACGAAGAUUUGCGGGGAAUGUGUGGGCGGUGUUAAAGAGUUGGCUACAUUUCGGACGGAAUUUUCGCCGACGGCCGGCACGGUGAAGCUGGAGGACGUGAUGGAUUCGUCGGAUUCGUACAGAAUAGAAGUGUUGCUAGUAGCGGCACUUAAUCAGCAUUAUCUUAGCUUUUGA